AGGAACAGAUAAAGGGGGAGAGAAAGAAAGAAAAGAGCCUGUGCGUGUUUUCGCAGGCGGAGUUUCGUUCUUGCGCACCGUUGGAAUUCACUGUCUGUAUAUUUUUUUCCUCUGGGUUUGCUUGGAGGAGACCGAAGGAGCGAGAAAGCGCCGCCAGCGAGCAGAUGUUAUAGCUGGACUAUUCCUGUUUCCAGCCUGACAAUCGAGCCUCUAUCAUCUGGUAAAAUGUGGCAGCCCGCGUCGGAACGAUUGCAGCAUUUACAGAGCAUGCUGAAGACCAAACUGAAUGUGCUGACGCUCAGGAAGGAUCCACUGCCGACUGUCAUCUUUCAUGAGCCCGAAGCCAUCGAGCUGUGUUCAACCACCCCGCACAUCAAGAACCGCACACACACGGGAUACAAGGUGACGUACCUCGGCAAGGUGACGAUUUCCGGCACUCACUUCCUGUCCGGCUGCACCGAAUCGGCUGUGGUUGGAUUAUGGGACACGAAGCAGACAUCGGUCACCCACGAUGACUCCAUCACCUCCAGCAAUACCAUCCUAGAAAUCCGGCCUUUUCAGGUGCGCAUGCAUCACCUGGAUGGCCGCGGCGAGGCCACCAUCGCUAUGGACACCUUCCAGGUGGCGCGCAUCGCGUACUGCACGGCGGACCACAACAUUAGCCCCAACGUGUUUGCGUGGAUCUACCGACAAAUCAACGACGAUCUGACCUUCCAGAUGGACUGUCACGCUGUAGAGUGCGAGAGCAAACUAGAGGCGAAAAAACUGGCCCACUCCAUGAUGGAAGCCUUUAAGAAAACCUUCCACAGCAUGCGCAGCGACGGGCGCAUCCACAAGAGCGGAUCGUCUGAUGAGUUUCCCGAAGAGGCAAGCACACCUGACGAUGGCUGAGUGAUAGGCUGAGGGUCGGACUACUCUUAAAUAGGGGGGUUUCGGGAAAAGGAGCGUGAAUGCAAUCUCGCGCUCUUUGUUUUUGUGCCAUAAUAGAAUAUUCAGAAACAAAACUAAAACGUAAACGGCGACUGAAAUCAAACCAUAUACCAAGAAACUAGCCUGCCUUUUUUUCAGUCUCUGCCUGCCAGAUGGUCUGUGGCCAUUUUACUAAAAGCGUCUCAUCAUUACCACGGUAACACUCGCAUUUGAAAACUGCUGGUUUUGAUAUGAAGUGACAAGAACCUGUACCUUUCCUUAAGCCAAUCAAACCUUGGGCCUGUUCACUUUUUGUUUAAAGGAGGGGGGUGAUUUCUGUGUGUGUCAUGCAUUUUAGAUAUAACAGAGGUGUGUUUCUUCUGUAAGUCGAGUUUGAGGGGUGAUAAAAAAAAGUCUGAUUUUGAUAUUUAUGGCAGGCAGCCAGCCUAGGGCAUUCCUUUACCUUUUUAGGGCCAUAGAAUCGUAAUUAUAGGGACCAUGCAUUGAUUUCUAUUUGUUUUUUAAGAUACCAAAAGUCAGUGUUUGUGUGUGUGAUCUAGGGUUUGUAUGUCUGCAGCUCUUGAGCCUUUUAAUAACUAUGGAACGGGUUCUCUACUGCAACAAGCUUCUACAAGCUAAGUGUGCUCGUCUGUCUGGUGUAGUUUAGUGUGUGUGUGUGCGUGCGUGCGUGGGUGUGUGUGUUUGUGUGAGGUGUUUUCCAACAGAAAAUACUAUAAAUGGGAAAAGCAAGACAUUUCAGAUGCAUCUGUAUAUUCACUCAUGAGCACUCAAUUCAGUAAAUUCAGUCACUCUGGUAGGAAUGCUCAUGAUCUAGUCCAUGAGGAUGGAAAGUUCCCUGUGCGGAUUUCACUCCUUUUCACUAUAAUUGUGAAAGUGGCUUCUGAGCCGUUUGAAAUUACGCACGUCAUCAUUUUGCCAAGUACGAUGCGAUCCUGGAUUAACAUCUAUGUUGGUGCUGGAACAAAGUUUUUGUUGGAAAAUGUCAUCCAUACCUAUUCCCUACCUCUAAACCCAACCAUAACUAUAAAUGAUUCCCAAAAUCAGAGGGGGGAAAUAGUUGGACAACAAUAAUAAGUGCAUAAACCGUAAGCCUAAACUUACCAUAAACUCUAAACAUAUUCCUUAAUUCUGAUUGGCUGAUUGGAAUGUUGUUUCAGGAUCAACAUAGAUGUUCAUCCAGGAGCAUGUCCUACUUGGUGAAAUCAGCUUGGCAUGAAAGAACUAUUGAAAAUGGAGCUUUUUCCAAACAAAGUGUCGCUGAAAUGUUGCACCUUAUAGAGUGCAUUAGUGUGUCGCCAUUUUUCACCAGCAAUGUUUUGAGAAGUCAUUUUGCCAUUCAUUUUUCCUAUAGAAGUGUUAUAAGCCAUGGACCAAAUUAACAAUAUGAAUCACAAUAAUAUAACGUUUAAUUAAUUGAACAAUUGUAAGGCAAAAGAACAAAUGCACAAAACUAAGUGAUGUUUUAUAAACAAAUUUCGGGAGGAGCACGCGCAGAAGUUUCAGUAUCAAAUACGUCAUUGACCAUUAUUCUAUUAUCCAAUCAGUUCUUGACCAAACCCCUAUAUAUAUACCAAAGCUGUCUUACCUGCAGCAUCUUACGACUUUAGCGUCCCUCCACCACCCCGUCACCUCACCUCUUAAGCAUUGCAAUCCCGGGGGGAGCGUUCUGGGGCCGGGCUAGAUACUUCGCUCGAAUCCCAAUUCCUCUCUGUUUCCUGAUAAGUUGAAUAACUCGAGUUGGGGUGUCCUCUCAGAGCCUUCUCCCCGGACAGCACGCCAAAUACACUUUAUUCUGAAACUAUUGCAAGUGUGAACUCGUGAAGGACUUUAGGAGGAAAAGGAACCCGAUCCCAAUGAGCAUUGCGAAGAACAAAUUAAAAGUGGAGGUAAAAUGCAAAACUGCUCAUUUUAGGGCUGGCAAAUUCAUUGAAAUGAACUGGCAAACAUGAUUGAGCAAAGCUGCAGUUGUCAUGCACAUCUUGACAGGGAAGCACAGUUGUGUAUUCAACUGGAAGGCCAGAGGGGGCGCUCUCAUGCAAAAACCCAGGAAAUCCUCACAGCAUUGCAUUAUAGUAAUGGGAAGUUGAGGUCAUUUUACCAGACCUUUGAGUCUCGUUCAGAGAUAAAAGAAUCGUUUUUUUUUUAUUAUUAUUUUUAUUUCUUUCAUUUUAUAUAUUAAAAUAUUAUUAAAGAGUUAAGAGUCACUUUUCAAACACAUCUACAACGUUGAUCAUUGAACAUUGACCCAAACGUUGAUCACAACUAGGGCUGCAUGAUUCUGGCUAAAAUGUGAAUCACGAUUUUAUUUUUUAAAAUCAAUAUCACGAUUCUUUCUCACGAUGCUUUAGAUGUAAAAUAAAGGUUAAUAUGAGUAGGCUAUUAUUAUUGUUAAUUCUCAAACAUAUCUUCACCUUGUAAGGUUCUUUCUGCUUUCUGAAUGAUUUUGAGAUAUCGAGCUUCAAAGUUUUUGCAAUCCAUAUAGCUAACAGUAUGUGUGUAAAAUUCGUUUUUUUUUACCGAGCUUGUAAGACCCACGAUUAGUUCACAUUUUGAGUCUUCGGGCUUUUGAGUCAUUCGUUCUUCAUGUAACAUAAAAUAUAAUAAACCAAUCACAAGCAUCGAUCAAUACAGUAGCAAAGAUACAAAUAAAAUAAACAGCGCUUUAUAGUUUUUUGGGAGUCUUAAAUUAUUCAGGUACAUAAAUUGAAUUAUCAAAUAGAAAUGAACACUGUUUAGACUUCAUUACAAGUUACAAACAUAAAUUGUUGUGCCCGAAUGCUUAAGCCCCAAUCCCAAUUCUAUUUUUGUUCCUCUUUGUCCUUGAUACAGAGUGUGAAGUGGAAGGGCUUCAAAGUUUACCCCUAAGAAAUGGGACACCACUACAACACCUGCCAAUGUCAUCAUAUGCCAUCGCGGCAGCUGUAGUUAUUCCAGUUGUGUUAUUUUUUGGUGUUUAUCUUCAGGAAAUCACUGAAGGCAACGAUAUGAUGUUGUCAUACUGAUAUAAUGUGGCAAUAAGCUCGUAACUGGACUGUGCAUUUACACACUGGCCAUAUUCAUCAAUGUAAACACACCAGAAACAACAUUAACAUUAUAGCAGACACUGUGAAACGCUCAUUUCCAGCCACUAGACUUUUCUGACAGGGUAUUCAACUGUCAUUGAGUGACAGAAUGUUGUGGGACUACUAUACAGGAUUUAUGAUUAUGGAUUUUAGACAGCAAAAUUUUGCGUUUUUUAUUUUAUUUGGUUUUUUUUUUAAAGCAUGAUGGUUUUUUAAAGCAUGAUGGUAUUAAAACAUGUGCUUGUUUGUUGUAAAAAUUCAUAAUAAUGAUAAAGAAAUACUAAUUUGUGCAUCUCCUGACUUCCGUGUGCAGCCAUGCAGCCGUUGUAGAUGGUGUAUUCUGGGAAGUGGGCUAUAUGCACACGGACUUGUAAUUUUCAGCCAGGCAUCCCAAUGGCCUCCAGAGAGUCCUUCCAUUACAAAAUUGUCACAUUUAAGGUCUGAUGUCUUUAAAAAUCAGUGAUCUUCACUGCCUGAUAGAUAUACGAUAUGGAGUGGGUCUCAGAUCGGUCAAGAAGCACUGCAUUAAAUUCCAUUCCCCCCCCGCCAUGUCUUUAAAAUAUGACAGUUUAUUUUACCCCAGUAUUUUUAAUAGAAUUUCAUCUCGUUUUACGCUUGAAGAACUAAAUGAAUGCUUUAGUCUAUUUAACUGAAUGGAUUGUAAUUACAUUACAACAUCGAUGCUGUAAAAACAACCUGAAAAUAGUCCCAUUUAAGCUUUCACACACAACUUUCAGUUUAUCGUUGGCUUUAAAACUCUAGCAUAGAGCCCAGAGCUAUCUAGCCCUUCCCCUUAGCCCUAUUCCUAAAAGCUAAGGAGAAUUGGGACACCCCUACCCCUUCACGUGAACGUGCAAAAUGAGGGAUAGGGGUAAGGGGAAGGGUUAAGGCAGAGGUGGGCAAACUCAGUCCUGGAGGGCUGGUUUCCUGCAGAGUUUAGCUCCAACUCUAAUCAAACACACCUGCUUAUAGAUAUCGAUUGAUCUUGAAGACACUCAUUAGCAUGUUCAGGUGUGUUUGAUUAGUGUUGGAGCUAAAGUCUGCAGGACACCGGCCUCCCAGGACCGAGUUUGCCCACCCCUGGGCUAAGGGGUAGAAUUGAGAUUAGGCCUAAAACUGGUUUGGAAUACUUAAACAGGCAUAGACCUUAAAAAUAUAUGCAAAUGAGACUAUUUUUAGAUUAUUUGUGGAGUUACUGCAACAAUAAAUCAAGUUUUGUCAGCUGUGGCUCCAUAAUCCCGACUCAACAGGUGUUUAUUGCAAAUGCUCACGAUAUCGAAAGGAUAUAUUGUGCAGCGCUACAUUAAAGCAGGACAAACAUGCGAAAAAAUAAAUUAUUAAGGGGCCAAACACCACUGUAUAUAGUGAUGUUUUUACCAUAGAUCCAAACUAAUGGCUUUAACAUAAUCGUAUCAUUGAUUAACAUGGCUUAUAGUUUCAAAUCCUUUUCCUUAUGCAGAAAAUGAAUGGGAUUUUUACUUCCGGAGCUAUGACUGUUGAUUGUGAACAGAAAUCCUUGUCGUUGAUCCAUCGUUCACAUACAGAGCAUCUGAAGUUUUCCCUGUUGGUUUAGAAAGAGUUGCGUGAAUGUUUGUGCAGGGUGAAGAAGGACCCCAAAAGCAAGCAUAGCUGUCCCAUAGAGUGCCUGUCUCUUGCCCCUAUGCUGAAUGUAUGAUGUCUCUUGUGCUGCAAGCGCUAUAUAUAUAUAUAUGUACCGGUACUGAAAGCCUUGUUUUCUUAUUAUUAUUCUAGAUUUUGUUUUAUGUACAUUUGUAUUUGCAGGUCAUUUGGAAGCUAUAGUGGUUUAGACUCCAAUUAAACCAAAUGCGUGCUCAUAUACACGGCUCCACUGUCCUGUGAAAACCUGUUAUCAUAGGUACAAUGGAUUGAGGAGCAACAAAACAAAUGAAGAGAGUAGUUUGAAUUCGGAUGCUAAUUCAGUUUGGGAGAAAAUCUGGAUUUUGGGAAGUGAGCAUUUCUAAAUGAAGAAAUCUAUAUAUGAAAGAUUUAUACAAUGUAUUUGAAACUCAUUCGAUAAAGCUUGUGUAAAUACAAAUGUAUCGUUUUUCUUUUCUUUCUUUUUAAAUACUGCGUUCAAUGUUUGAUAUUUGAAUAAAGUGAGAAGCACCAUUAAAGGAAUCAGUAUUACGGCCAACUGUGAAUUUGGAUCGGGAGCGAAGGGCAGCCUACAGCGUGAGUGGAGAAGGAUGAGUUGUCUGUCUGUUGUUUGUUGUUGUAAUUGUUGUUGUUUUAUCAUUUGUACAAUUGUAGAUGAACAUUCUCACUACAUGUCUUAACGGCUCGGACUCGCUUUAUUGUUUUGAAGUGUUACCAUAUGUGUUUUUUAUGCUGUAUUUGUAAAGACAAAAGGAUACAGGCAUAUAUAAAAUAUUUACCAAGCUA